CUACUACACUCGCUAGUUUUUACGCUCAGCUUCAGCUGUACUCUCGUUCAACGACCCAAAUAUCUACAUCCGCCUAAUAUCUAAUACCACCCUCACACCCGUUUUUACACCUAUAAAAACAGAAAAACCAAAUUUCAAAAUGAAGACCUCUGCCAUCAUCGUCGCCGUCACCGCCGCUCUUGUCAGCGCUCAGGCUCCCCCCGAGGGCACCAACAAGGUGUCCUGCGCCAAGCCCAACGCCAACUACUGCCUGGGCGGCGACAUCAUCAUCCGCUGCGAUGCCAACAGCGUCGGUGUUGCCGGCCGCUGCUCCGACAACGUUGCCGGAUACCCUCCUCUGGGCGGUGUUGCUGAGUGCUACCAGAGCUCUGAGACCGCUGGUGACGCUGCUUGCCAGAAGAACUGCGUCGUCUAUGCUCAGCCUUCUUUCACCCUGCCUGCUUCUCAGUGCACUCCCAGCUUCACUGCCUCUGCCACCGCCUCUGUUGCCACUACCCUGAGCAGCUCUGUUGUUGAGAGCAGCAGCGUCAGCGUCAUCUACACCACCGUUGUCAACGGAACCGUCACCACCACUGUUCCUUGCACCACCGUCCCCGUUGUUCCCUCCACCACCCCUGCUGGUCCUGUCAAGACCACCACUCCCGCCGGCCCUGCUGGUACUGGUGUCCCUCCUCCUCCUCCUGCUGGCGGCAACAACGGCACUGCUCCCUCCGGCACCAACACCCCCGUUGGCCCUACCUCUGCCGGCCCCAGCACCAUCCCUACCAACGCUGCCGUUGCCAACCGCGCCACCGGCGCUCUGGCCGUCAUGGGUCUCGUUGCCGCUGCUUUCCUCUAAGCGAGUGGCUUUUCUUCCUUGAUCUGUCAAGUGGAAUAACGUUUACGACUGAUUUCAAAAAAUCUCAUGAGUUUGAGCAUGAUUAUAUAUGAAAUGUCUGGCGCCGACAGGGAAAAACGAGAACUUUAAUGUUGAUGGUUAUGAAGGGGGGAAAUUGGGAUGUCACUCACGUCUGACUCGGUCAUGCUCUUUUUCAUUAUUCCUUUGCGAAAGGUUGUAUAUAACGUGGUAGCAAAAGAAGAAAGAAAGAAAACAAGCCAUGAUUGGAGGGGAGAUUUAUUAUACCUUGGGAAGUUAAUCUUUUGGAUCUCGGGAGUUUGCUUUUUUAUUUUAUUAGAUAUUGAAGUAUGAUGGGGGGGAUAUACGCAUUAUACCUUUUAGCAUGUGCGAUGUCAUGCCUUGGCAACGGAAUACUAUUACUUUCAUUAAA